CCCCCUCGGAUUCGCCUCUAAAAGGGCAGCCCGGUCGCCCUCCUCCACACAUCGCUCCCUCUCCCUCUCCCCCACAGCAGGCUAGCUAGGGUUUUCUGGGGUUUGCGAGGGGGUUGCUCCGGUCCGGCGGGAGGGGGGAGAUGGCGGCGGAGCGGGCUCAGGGGACGGUGAAGUGGUUCAACGGGAUCAAGGGGUUCGGCUUCAUCAGCCCCGACGACGGCGGCCAGGACCUCUUCGUCCACCACUCCUCCGUCAAGGCCGACGGCUUCCCCAACCUCAAGGACGGUGACGCCGUCGAGUUCACCGUCGGCGCCGACAACGACGGCCGCGCCAAGGCCAUCGACGUCUCCGCGCCCGGCGGCGGCGCGCUUGCCGGCGGGGAGCGCCCGGACAACGGCUACGGCGGACGCGGUGGCGGCGGCUACGGCGGCGGAGGCGACCGCGGCUACGGUGGAGGAGGUGACCGCGGCUACGGCGGAGGCGGCGACCGCGGCUACGGCGGAGGCGGCGACCGCGGCUACGGCGACCGCGGCUACGGCGGAGGCGGCGGCGACCGCGGCUACGGGGGAGGAGGUGGCUACGGAGGAGGCGGCGACCGUGGCUACGGCGGCGGCGGCGGAGGCGGCCGCGGCUCCGGGUGCUACAAGUGCGGCGAGGAGGGCCACAUCGCACGGGACUGCUCCCACGGCGGCGGCGGCUACGGCGGUGGCGGUGGUGGCGGCUACGGCGGAGGCCGCGGCUCCGGGUGCUACAACUGCGGUGAGGACGGCCACAUCUCCCGCGAGUGCCCCAACAAGAGGCGCUAGGCACGACGCCUCCACGUCGGACGCGGUCCGGCUCCAACCUCCUGGCUCUUGCAUCAAGUCAUGGCCAUCUAUCUAUCAGUAGUAGUAGUCUUUCGUGCUCGUUCUCGUCGUUCGCUCGUGUCGUAGUAGGAAGAAGAAGAAGGCGUGUGGAGAACUGGUGAUGAGGUGGAUCCGCCUGUUUCGGAGUAGCAAUCUAUGUUUCUGUUUUGCAUCAGCUGUGAGGCUGCCAUGAUCAUGGAUGGCACUGCCGAUCUACCAAAUUAUCUAUCUAUCAAUGGUAUGGAAUGGAGUAGUAAUCUAUUUGCACUCAGAUUAUAGUAGUA